AUGCGGUAUAGGUGUCCGCCUCUCACGGGGGUGGUGGUGGAGGGGUGUGAAGAGGAUUUGCGGUAUAGGUGCCCGCCUAUAACCGGGGUGGUGGUGGAGGGGGUAAAGAGCUCUUGUGGUAUAUGUGUGCCUCUCACCGGGGUGGUGGUGGAGGGGUGUGAAGAGCUCUUGCGGUAUAGGUGUCCGCCUCUCACCGGGGUGGUGACGGAGGGGUGUGAAGGGGUCAUUCGGUAUAGGUGUCCGCCUCUCACCGCCGUGGAGAUGGAGGGGAUGAAGAGCUCUCGCGGUAUAGGUGUCCGCCCUUCACCGGGAUUCACGAGUCACGUGGAGGGAUUUUCCCAGCGGAAGAUAUACACGCUGCACACGGAAGCCAAGACAUGGAACGAGGCUCACGCUGUCUGCGAGGACCAACAAGGUCACCUGAUCAAGGUCAAGGACGGCAGAGAACUAGGGGAGCUCCUCUUCCUGGACACGCCUGAGGGCGAUUGGAACGGACAGCUGGCUAGUUUAGCAGUUUCAAACAACAUGUGGACGGGCCUCCAUCAGCCCUACUUCGCCAGCGGUGACGUCAGCUGGGAGUAUCAUGACUGCGAGCCGAGCUCCCCUAAUGUAAACAUUUCCGGUGAGGCGCCUGGCCUCCACUGCGCCGCCUUUGAUGGCGCCUCCCUGGUGCACGAGGCCACCAACUGCGCAGACAGACUUCCGUUCAUCUGUCAGAGGUUCACAGGCGAUUGCUGGUACGAGCCUUUCGCCUUGGAAUCUGUGAUCAUCAGCGCCAGCAAUAUGAUCCUCCUAAAUCCAGGCUUGACCGCAAGCAAGUGCGCCGUGCUCUGUCGGAGCGAGUAUGUGUCUUUAAUACAGCUGAAUGAUGGCGAUGAGUGUUGGGGCUUCUACUUCGUGGGCGUGAACAGGGAGUGCAUCCUCCUGCACCCACCGGAAGUCACUGCAUCCUCUAACUACGCCCGCUCGGCCAACCGUAAACCCUUUGACCUAGACCCUGACCUCGUUUUUUAUGUCAAGAGGUGCUUUGAAGGAGAGGUAGAUACGGAGCCCUACAAUGAGAUAAAGAGAGGGGGAAGUCAGCCUGACACCACGUGUGACAUCGAAGCAUAUCCCGGAGAUGUUAUAGCGGGUGAGGUGUGUUUCUGCUCUACUCAGAAUCACCCUCCUAUCCCACCGACGACGUCCAGCGAGGAGGCGGCCGCCGAACUGGAGAGGGAGCUGUCCCUUGACACGUCCAACACGAGCUCCGCCAUCCGCUCCAAGACCAGCGCCGAGGACAACCGUCCAAGCGCCAUUGGUGUCGGGGCGUCGCUUGGCGCAGGUAUGUUGGCGUUCGUGUUUGGCGGGCUGUUUCUCAUGGACCUCCCGGUGCUCAUCGCUGGAGUCAAGGAAAUACUGUGCACCUCCGCGCAGGCGUCGGCCCACGGCGAGGAGUUUGACGCUUAA